AUGCUGCACCAGUCGCUUUAUUUCCAAUGUCAAGCGCAACCUAGUUAUAAAGAUGACUUCGUGCUGCACUGUGACAUCAGAUUCUGUGUCGUCAGUAUUGAUAUCAGCGGCAAAUUAAAUGUCCACACCUUUAAGAGUUUGGCUGCAAAGUGCACAUUGUUUGAACGAGAAGGUUCUCUCAUGACCACUAGGUACUAUAUCGAACAUUGUAAUUUGCUGCAGACGUUGAACUUUGGCAGUGGCCAGAACGUCUGUGAUAUUGAUGUGAAAAUUUCUACGCACCGCUGCCCUGCAUUACCUAAAAACUUUUCUAAAAAGGUCUUGACCAGGCAAGACAAAAAAGAGCGCGAAAUAAGGGGGGAGUGUAAAAAGGCGGGGGCAAAAAAAGACGCAUACAUAAAGGGCGCAAAACAAAAAAGGCGCGAGCUAUAA